AUGUUAUCCAUUCACAAGGAAAUCGCCGUGACUUUACCCAUGUUCCGGCCCCGGUUCCGAGCCUCCCUCCCAUUGCCUGUUGUCUUCCCCGGGCCUUAUCCCCUUGCCGUUCCGGCGCCGGUAAUCCUCAACCCCGGUGCUUCAACCCUAUGGGGACUUGCCCCCAAGCUUGCCCUGUACUGCCUGAAGCAAGCCCGCUCGGUGAUCCCGGACUAA